AUGUUGUAUAUGUAUCCAACAAAAUAUCUUUUGACAGCUUGUUCGAGUACUCUUACCGUAGUAGCUGGCAAACCAGCAAGACCCAAGGAGUUUACUCCCAUGGCACGCUUAGGUUAUCGUAAUGACAACAACGUCACCAACUGGUUCUGUGGUGGAACUUUGAUCAGUAAUAGCUUAGUGCUAACUGCUGCUCAUUGUCUAUAUUCAGAUAUUGGCGCUGUGAACGUUGUGCGUCUAGGCGAGCUUGAUUUUGCUAUACAAACUAACAAUGCUGAUCCUGAAGAUUUUGGGGUACAAAAUACAACAGAGCAUACAGACUUUAAGUAUCCCGAACUAUAUAAUGACAUAGCGCUUAUACAACUAAAUCGCAUUGUAAGAUUCAAUGCAUAUAAGCGGCCCGUUUGCCUGCCAGUUGAUAACGGCGAUCGUGUUGAUAACUUUAUUGCAACUGGCUGGGGUGAUACUAAAUUAGCGGGCAGAGCUUCCACGCGACUCUUAAAGGUGGAGCUUAAUAAUUAUGGCAAUGCUUGUUCUACGGCUAGAGAUAUUGAAGAGCUGCCCAAUGGCUUCAAUCAGAGCACACAGCUUUGUCUUGGCUCCAGUGAGCAUAAGGAUACAUGUAAUGGCGACUCAGGUGGUCCUGUCUUCAGAUAUAAUGGACAUCGACCUUGCAAAUAUUAUGUUAUGGGCAUUACCUCAAUUGGGAUUGGUUGUGGGGAACCCGACGUGCCCACAAUUUAUACACGCGUUCACUUCUAUCUAGAUUGGAUUAGGCAGCAAAUAGAAAAAAAGUUAAUUUAGUUGGAAAAUUAAUUUUAAUUUUA